CGCCUCUUCUGUGGAGAAUAUGUUCUCUCGGAAUCGCUUCAAUGGACAACAUGGAGCAGGUGCUGCCCCUAAAGCAGGCGCAAAGGCUAAAGUCCAUCCACCCAAAAAGCGGGCUCCAAAUCCCAGAGUAGCUUUGGUCAUUCGUGGUAAGAUACAUCGCCUCCUGCAAGGGUCAUCAGAGCACCAUGUCCCAGUGUCUCACCACUGCUAUACUGAUACUGAAGAAGGAGAGUCACGGGGCAAAGGUAAAGAGCACAGGGGAACUUGUCCUAAGGUUCAUCAGAGGGCAGAGGCCUACUGUGAUAGAGUGCCAAAUGGUAAGGAAUGUGGACUAGCACAUGAGUCUCCAUGUGUUGGAGAGGUGGAACUGAACAGAGAAGGAUGCAUAAAAAUACCUUGCACUUUGCAACACAAAAUCUGCAGGCCACCAGGAAUUCUUAAAAGAACCUCUUCUGACAGUGGAGUUCAGACAAGACCGGAACAGUUGCGAGCAACCUCAGACUACACUUUAACUGGAACAGACAUCAUUGGUAUCAGAUUUGCAGAAGAUUGUGGCAAAGAAUUUCCUUCACCCCGUAUUCGGCCAAGGAGGCCUUUUUCAGCUGGUGAUUGCCUGAACUACAACUUCAGUAGAAGUCUUCCAGGUACAGUACUGGAAGAGGAUGAAGAAGGGUUAGGUGUGGAUAAAGAAGAGGAGUCCAGCACUGUCAUUGAGCACAUUUUAAAAGAACUGAGAGGAAUCAGCAAGAUCCAAGAAGAAAUCUCUGACCUCAGGGAUUACCUGACAUCUGUUCGAGGGUCAGUUGAGGAGGUGUCAUCCUGUGUCGAUGCUGUAUUGUUGGAGAUCGAAGGCAUUCGUUCCAGCAACAAAGUGGGUGUGGGUGUUCAAGCAAGUACUUGGUCUGGGGUUGAAAGUUACAAACGUGGAACAUUGCCUCGCAAAAGACCUACUAGUGCUUAUAGCACUUUAGGGACUUCAAAGCCAAAAUCUGAUUCAAAAUAUUUUCAUCAAGUUCGCAGUGAGCGCCAUACCAUCCAUGGAGAAUUGCUGCUUCCAAGGGAAGACAAAUCUAUUGCGUUCCCAACUGGUGAAUCAAUUGAUUAUCAAGAACUAGAGGAGCCAGAGGACAACUCUGACUAUAGCUCAGAUAUCCCAAUUGGAGCUGUAGCCAAAAAAAUUAGCUUUGGAUACCUUGAGAGGCAGGAUGGCCAAGACUGUGCAAGUACCAGCUCUUUAUCUUCAGGUCAUAGUUCAAAGUCUGAUUUAGUUCUAGACAGACCAACAUCCAGUCAUGGACGACAGCAGCAAAAAGCAGAUGAUGAAGAAGAAAAUUGGGCUAUUAGGGGAUCACCACAGCGUGCCAUUAGAGAACCUCAGUGGCAUCGGGAAUCUACUUACGCCAAUAAUCAAAAUCUAGAUGUACACAAAGGUGGAAGUCAUCCUUGUUGUGAUGGCGAAAGUAGCUGGGAUCCUUACAGAGGUGGAGCAGAAUAUGGAACAACAGAGCAAGGCUUAUCAGAACAUCGUGUUUCUCAGUCUCGUAAACAUUUCAAUUCACCUGCCAGCUCCUCGAGCAGGGAAGAGUGGCAAACACAGAGGCAAUGGUCUCAAAAUCACUCUUGGAGUGAAGCUUUAGCAGGUUCCAACACUGAGAGCUACACUGUGGGUUAUGAGUGUGCUGCUGAUUGUUCCUACCCCCAAAGUUCUGGUUAUCAUUCUGUGGAUGGGCAUGAUGGAGAAGGGGAAUUUGACCCUGGCCAAUCCACUGACCAAGGAUGCAACACAGACUGCCAGAUCAGUAGUUAUCAGGACUCUGUUAUAUGGACAGAGACAUCCCUGUGCAACUCUGCGGCUGACUUGGACUAUCCAUUUGUUCCUAACAUUAGUGCUGAUAACCAAAGCUCAGAAACCUGUCUCCAUUACUCUCGAUGUGCAGAGGCCCAGAGCGGUAGCUUCAAUGUAAAGCGCAUAGGUCGAGCUGUGCUUGAUUUUAGCUCUGCUUUGCGGGGUGCUUUACAGAAACUUGAGGUUGCUGGACCUCAGAAUUCUGAGGAGGACACAGAGUUUGAAAUAUCAUUUCCUUCUGACUCCUUCACAGGUGAGUUGCCAAACAAAUCUUUAUCUUUUAUGGCACAUUCUGAACAAGUAUAUGAAGAACCACCACCUCAAGGUUGUGUCUUUGGUAGUAGGGAUGCUGCUGAUGAAUUCAACCAAAUGAAUAUUCUGGACAAAUCAGAAGAGUCUUUGCUUGAAAAAGCUGACCAUAGACUUACAACUGAGUCCAUAGACACCAGCCAGCUUGCUCCCCCAUCACAUAACCUGUUUCCAAGCUCAAAAGAAUGUUUGUUCUGCCAUGAUUUAACCUCCACUACUGCUGCUACAAUACCCCCACCAGGUGGCCUUUUGGAAUGCACCACUGCGGAUUCCCUCUCCUUGUUAGCCAUUAUGCCUACAACACCACAGGAGCAAGUUUCCCCAAAUUUACUGCAGCAGCCUACAAAAGACUUUGCUGUGGCUCCAGAGGGCCCAAUACAUGAAGAUACAGAAGAGCGCCCCUCAGGGGUGAACCACAUGGAUGCACAGAGGAUAAAGUGCUUGAAGAGCUUCCAGCAGAUCCUGCGUGAGAAAAGGGAGAUGAGGCGCAACCUGUCCAGUGUGACCAUAUCAACCUUCUCCCAGGAGGAUUUUCUACCAGAUGGAAGUCAAGAUGGAGAUCAGGUUACCCCCCCUGACUUUGUCCCUUCAAGCCGUGAUGAAGAUGGUGACCCCAUCAAGCACACAUGGGCAAAGCCUGGAGAAAACGCACCAUUUGGUAUUGACAGCAUGCCAGUACUCCAGAAGAGGAAGCCCAUUCCUCUUGUUAGUGAACUGGCGAUGUCUAUGAUACAGUCCAGGAAAGCAGGACUCACCCACGUACUGGCCACACAGACCACACUGAAAGAUGAGGAGCUGAAAAACCACGUGUAUAAGAAGACGCUGCAGGCUCUGAUCUAUCCCAUCUCCUGCACCACGCCCCACAAUUUUGAGGUGUGGACGGCCACCACGCCCACCUACUGCUACGAGUGCGAGGGUCUGCUGUGGGGCAUCGCCCGACAGGGAAUGCGCUGCACCGAAUGUGGGGUCAAAGUGCAUGAGAAAUGCCAGGAGCUCCUAAAUGCUGACUGCUUACAGAGAGCAGCAGAGAAGAGCUCCAAGACGGGAGCAGAGGACCGAACGCAGCACAUCAUCAUGGCCAUGAAGGACCGGAUGAAAAUCCGUGAGAGGAACAAACCUGAGAUCUUUGAGGAGAUCCGAAAGGUGUUCAACAUCUCUAAGAUGGUUCAUUCCCAGCAUAUGAAAAACAUCAAACAGAGCGUCUUGGAUGGCACCUCCAAGUGGUCAGCCAAGAUCACCAUCAACGUUGUCAGUGCUCAGGGUCUCCAGGCCAAAGACAGAACAGGAUCCAGUGACCCAUAUGUUACCAUUCAAGUUGGAAAAUCCAAGAAAAGGACGAAAACCAUCUAUGGCAACCUGAACCCAGUCUGGGAGGAGAAGUUCAGCUUUGUGUGCCACAACUCUUCUGAUCGCAUCAAGCUUCGGGUUUGGGAUGAGGAUGAUGACAUCAAGUCUCGGGUGAAGCAGCGCCUGAAGAGGGAAUCUGACGACUUCCUGGGUCAGAGCAUCAUCGAGGUCCGAACGUUGAGUGGAGAGAUGGAUGUUUGGUACAACCUGGAGAAACGAACAGACAAGUCGGCGGUGUCGGGUGCCAUCCGUCUCCAGAUCAACGUGGAGAUCGAAGGAGAGGAAAAAGUGGCACCGUACCACAUACAAUACACGUGCCUUCAUGAGAACAUGUUUCUCUGCUACAUGUAUGUGGAGAGUGGCGGUGCGGUUAAGAUCCCUGUGGCUCAGGGUGACGAUGCUUGGAAGGUUUACUUUGAUGAGUUGCAGCAGGAAAUCGUGGAUGAAUUUGCGAUGCGAUACGGCAUUGAGUCCAUCUACCAGGCCAUGACUCAUUUCUCUUGCCUGUCCUCUAAGUACAUGUUGUCGGGCGUUCCAGCAGUGAUGAGCACCUUGCUGGCCAACAUCAAUGCCUUCUACGCCCACCCUACCGCUUCCACCAAUGUCCCUGCUCCAGUUCGAUUUGCAGCCUGCAACUUUGGGCGAGAUCGUUUUGUGAAGCUCCUGGAUCAGCUUCACAACUCCCUGCGUAUCGACCUCUCCAUGUACAGAAACAACUUUCCUGCCAGCAGUAAGGCUCGCCUCCAUGACCUCAAGUCGACGGUGGACCUACUAACCAGCAUCACCUUCUUCAGGAUGAAGGUCUUGGAGCUGCAGAACCCCCCAAGGGCAGCCAGCAUGGUGAGGGACUGCAUCAAGGCUUGUCUCAACUCCACCUACGAGUACAUCUUCAACAACUGUUUGGAGCUUUUCAGCAACCAGUUCCAGCCCUCUAUCCAACCACCUGAGCUGGAGAAGAAGAAGACGAGGAAGGAAAGAGCUGACGAUGAGGAUGAUGAAGAGGAGGAGGAAAAGGAGAAGAAAGAGCAGAGCCAGUCGGAGGAGCAGGGCCCCAGCAUCCGAAACCUGGACUUCUGGCCCAAACUGAUCACCCUUAUUGUGUCCAUAAUUGAAGAAGACAAGAACACUUACACUCCUGUCAUCAACCAGUUUCCUCAGGAGCUGAGUGUGGAUAAGGUCAGCGCGGAAGUCAUGUGGAUGCUCUUCUCUCUAGACAUGAAAUACGCCCUUGAAGAACACGAGAAGCAUAAGCUUUGUAAGACUGCUGACUACAUGAACCUGCACUUCAAAGUGAAGUGGCUUUACAACGAGUACAUUAAAGACCUGCCGGCCGUCAUGGACACUGUGCCCGAGUACCCAGAGUGGUUUCUUCAGUUCGUCCUGUCCUGGCUGGGGGAGAAUGAGGAGGUGUCGAUGGAGUUCAUGCAGGCGGCGCUGGAAAGAGACAAGAGAGAAGGGUUCAAACAAACAUCUGAGCAUGCCCUGUUCUCCAGCUCAGUGGUAGAUAUCUUCACCCAGCUCAACCAGAGCUUUGAGAUCAUCAGGAAGCUGGACUGCCCAAACCCCAAAGUUGCGGCACAGUACAACCGCCGCUUCGCCAAGACAAUCACUAAAGUGCUGCUGCAGUACUGCACCCUGCUGGCCAAAAACUUCUCUUCCUACUGUGAGAAGGAGAAGAUUCCUUGUGUGCUGAUGAACAACAUCCAGCAGAUGAGGGUCCUGCUGGAGAAAAUGUUUGAGUCAAUGGGAGCCAAACAGAUGGACACGGAGGCAGGAGAUAUUCUCAACGAUCUGCAAGUGAAGCUCAACACUGUCCUGGAUAAUUUCAGCACUCUGUUUGCGAAGAGCUUUCAGGCUCAUAUCAGCAGCUGCAUGCGUCAGACAGCUGAGAUCCUCUACCAGAUCAAAGGUCCUCCCAACCCCAGCACGGUGGAGGCCGACGCCGAUGCCAUACUGCGGCCGCUCAUGGAGUUCUUGGAUGGAAACCUGAGUGUGUUUGCUGACAUCUGUGAGAAGUCAGUGUUGAAGAGGAUCCUGAAGGAUCUUUGGAAGAUCGUCCUCAGCAGCCUGGAGAAAACCAUCGUUCUUCUGCAGAGCAACGACAGCCUGAGUGCUCAGCUCCUUACGGCAGCAAAAGGAUUAUCUAAUCUCAAGGGAGGAGGAGAAGCUAAAACCCUGACUGCCAAACAGUGUGCAAUUAUCGAUGCCGGGCUGGAAACAAUCAAGCAAUAUUUCCAUGCUGGUGGAAACGGGCUGAAAAAGGCCUUCGUGGAGAAAAGUCCUGAACUCACUUCACUGCGUUAUGCGCUUUCCCUUUACUCUCAGAGCACAGAUGCUUUGAUCAAGACCUUCAUCACAACUCAACACUCACAAGUGAACAAUGGAACAGGCAUCAGAGUCACUCCCAGUGAGAAGGUUCAUCCUAACCGAGGCUCCGGUGUGGAGAAGCCCAUUGGCGAGGCCGUGAUCCAGAUUGACAUGAUGCUUGGGAAGGAACGUAAAGUUAAUGUUCGAGUCAUCGCUGUGAACGACAUGAAAUGGCAAACAUCCGGGAUGUUCCGGCCCUUUGUGGACAUCUCCAUGGUGGGUCCUUUGCUUGCUGACAAGAAACGAAAGUUUACCACAAAGUCCAAGAACAAUAGCUGGUCGGCCAAGUUCAACGAGACCUUUCAGUUCCUUCUGGGUAAAGAGUCUGCAGACUGCUACGAGCUGCAGCUGACCGUGAAGGAUUACUGUUUUGGUCGGGCGGAUCGAGUGGUUGGCAUUGCCUUGGUCCAGCUCAGAGAUGUGGCCGAUCGUAAGAGCUGCGUGUGCUGGUGUCCUCUGGGGCCGCGUAUUCACACCGAUGAGACAGGCAUGACAGUGAUGCGAAUCCUCUCGCAGCGAGGCAGCGAUGAGGUGGCGAAGGAGUUUGUGAAGCUCAAGUCUGAGAAUCGACCAGUGGAGGAGGGCAGAUGAACGGAAACACGGGGUUUGAGCAUCGUUGAAAAUGUGAAGU